GCUGGGACCUCCCUCCCCCCCAGACACGGUGCUGCAUGAGGGGCCGCAGGGGCGAUCGCAUGACCAUCAACAUCCAGGAGCACAUGGCCAUCAACGUGUGCCCCGGGCCCAUCCGGCCCAUCCGCCAAAUCUCUGACUACUUCCCCCGCCGGGGACCAGGACCUGAAGGGGGCGGUGGUGGAGGGGGCCUUGGGGAGGCCCCUGCUCGGCUGGCCCCCCUGGCCCUGGCCCCCCCUGCAGCCUUCCUGGGGGCCACCACGCCCGAGGAUGGAGCUGAGGUGGACAGCUAUGACUCGGAUGAUGCCACCACCCUGGGCACGCUGGAGUUUGACCUUCUCUAUGACCAGGCCUCCUGCACUUUGCACUGUAGUAUCCUCAGGGCCAAGGGCCUCAAGCCCAUGGAUUUCAAUGGCCUGGCCGACCCCUACGUCAAGGUGCACCUGCUGCCUGGAGCCUGCAAGGCCAAUAAGCUAAAAACGAAGACGCAGAGGAACACCCUGAACCCCGUGUGGAACGAGGACCUGACGUACAGCGGCAUCACGGAUGAUGACAUCAGCCACAAGGUGCUCAGGAUCUCCGUGUGUGAUGAGGACAAGCUGAGCCACAAUGAGUUCAUCGGAGAGAUCCGAGUACCCCUCCGCCGCCUCAAGCCUUCACAGAAGAAGCAUUUUAAUAUCUGCCUUGAGCGCCAGGUCCCGCUGGCGUCACCCUCUUCCAUGUCGGCCGCGCUGAGGGGCAUAUCCUGUUACUUGAAGGAGCUGGAGCAGGCGGAACAGGGGCCUGGGCUGCUGGAAGAACGAGGGCGCAUCCUGCUGAGUCUCAGCUAUAGCUCUUCACGCCGCGGGCUACUGGUGGGCAUCUUACGCUGUGCUCACCUGGCUGCCAUGGACGUCAAUGGCUACUCCGACCCCUAUGUCAAGACGUACCUGAGGCCAGAUGUGGAUAAGAAAUCCAAGCACAAAACAGGCGUGAAGAAGAAGACUCUCAACCCAGAAUUUAAUGAGGAGUUUUUCUAUGAGAUGGAACUCUCAGCUCUGGCCACCAAGACUCUGGAAGUCACAGUCUGGGACUAUGACAUUGGCAAAUCCAACGACUUCAUUGGGGGCGUGUCCCUGGGACCUGGUGCCCGGGGAGAGGCCCGGAAGCACUGGAAUGACUGUCUGCAGCAGCCAGACUCGGCCCUGGAGCGCUGGCACACCUUGACCAGCGAGCUGCCCCCUGCAGCCGGGGCUCUGCCCUCAGCCUGAGCUAGGCAAGCAGCUGCCCAGCACAGGCCCCUCAGGGCUGGGUCCAGCACCCAACCUUCGCACGAGUGUGUUGCACGUUUACACGGGGUGGAUGCCCCGCCCGCCCUGCACUACCUGUCUUAUUUCGUGAGAAUCUGUGACUGUGGGUCUGUCUUCUUGUGAGGGACUGUGGAGAUCUGUAUUCACAUAUGCAAACUUCCUCCUGCCUGACUCGCUACUACAUGCAAAUAUGCAAACCACCCAUCCUG